CUGAAGCUGUUUGCGUUUUCGCAUAUUUGAAUUUCAAAUGAUCGCUAAUCUAAUUUUUUAAUUGCUGUCCUGGACGACUUAAGCUUGAAUCUGAUAGAUUUUAAUAAUGUUCUAUACUAGUUGACUAAAUAUCAAGGCUUUGGAAUAAAAAACAAGCUCUUUAAAUCGAACUGUUCACUUCUUUACGCAGCACGUACAAAAAUACACAAACACUAAUGAACUGUAUAACGGGUGCAACUUCAAGGCAUAGAUUUUUUUUUGGCAAAGCGCUAACCUCGAUUCAUUCAAUUCAUCACAUUGCCGGAGUUUGUAAGUUAAAAUUGUUAAAGGAUUUUUUUAUUUAAAAAAAAAGAUGUCUAACACGGAAGAAAGCUUUGAUGGUCAUGAAUCUAGUGAUGGAGAUGAAAAGAAAGCGUACGAAUCGAUUCUGUCCAAUCCUUCAUAUUUUUCUGCUACCAUGAAGCGUAUGCUUUUAAAACACAUGGUAAAAAGUUUGCCGGAAGCUGCUCAAAAGCGUGUUAAGGCAUUGAAGAAUCUACAAUUAGAGUUUUUAAAACAUGAGUGCAUGUUUUUCGAGGAAGUCUAUCAGUUAGAAAGGAAAUAUCAAGAAAAGUAUCAAGCAAUUGCAGAUAAAAGAAAGUCCAUCGUAAAUGGUGAUUAUGAGCCAACAAAUGAGGAAUCUGAAUUUAAAUCGGAUGUUGAGGACGAAGAUGAAGAUGACGCUAUGAUACAAGAAAGAUUGAAAAGUAUGAAGUCCAUCCAGCAAUAUGAUGCUAAUGUUAAUGGCAUACCGGAUUUUUGGUUAACAAUUUUCCGAAACUCUGAGUUAUUAAACGAUAUGAUUCAACCUCAUGACGAAACUUUGUUAAAGCAUUUGAUUGAUAUUAAGAUCAAGUACGACGAAGAUUUGUCGUAUACACUUGAAUUUCAUUUUCAACCAAACGAUUACUUCACUGAUUCAGUUUUGACAAAGAAGUAUUUUUUGCGGUGUAAAAUUGAUGGUGAAGAACCAUUUGAAUUUGAAGGACCUGAGAUUUAUAAAUGCACAGGCUGCAAUAUUAAUUGGAAGCCAGGCAAAAAUAUUACAGUUAAAACGAUAAAGAAGAAACAAAAGCAUAAGGCUAGGGGUCAAGUUCGUACUAUUUCAAAGCAAGUUCCCACGGAUUCCUUCUUUAACUUUUUCAAUCCCCCGGAAGUACCAGAAGAUGAGAACAAGCUUGACGAAGAAUCGCAAAACAUUUUGGCAACUGAUUUCGAAAUUGGACACUUUCUAAGAGCUCGGAUCAUUCCUCGUGCUGUUUUAUUUUAUACUGGCGAUUUAGUUGACGACGACGAAAGUGAUGACGACUUGGAAGAAGAAGAGGACGAAAUGUCUGAGGAAGAAGAGGAAGAAACUCCAGAACCAGCACAAAAAACUGGAGCACGCAAAAUAAAAGGGCCAAUGAAAGGAAGUAGCGGUGGAAAACAAGGUGAAAAUCCAGCAGAAUGCCAACAACAAUAAUUUCUUGGAUAUCUUCUUUUAUUAUUUCUUUUUUAAAGCUCUUCAUGUGAAGUAUAAGCAUUAUUCUUUCUUCAAUUUUUUCAUAUGAACUUAAAUUCUUUAUAAACAAAAACCUCAAUAAAUUCAUUUUUGAAAUAUCAUUCUCUAAUCAAAAAAAUCGCAAACAACAUGAAUAGAUCGUAUAAUAUCUAGCUACAUGUAGCGUUACAUCAGAAAUGCAUUUUUUAUAUUCAUUUUUCCAAAAAAAGGAACAUAUUUUUAACUGUAACUGAUUAUAGUUUGUUUUUUUUCUGACAAAAAGGAAGAAAUAAAAUAAAAAGAUAUUCCUUGAUAUUACCAAUAA